CUACGUCCGCGGGCUCCUUGAACAGCAAGAUAAAUAGCAAGCACCUUCUCGUCUUACCAGAACCAUUUGACAAGAAGUCCAGAGACAUCAUCAGAGACUGAGUAAAGAGAUAUCCUUUUGACUACCAUAGACGUCAAUCAUGGCCAGCGAAGACCAGCACCAAGUUUCCCUCAAGACGGCACAAUCCGCAAUCAACAGACACAAGGAGAGAGGCCAUUAUGAUGUCGAGACGGUCCACUCCAUCUUCAACAGCACCGCCGUCGCCCAUGUCUCCUUCGUCCCAGACCCAUCCAACCCGCUACCCGUUGUCCUUCCCAUGAUUGCCCGCAUAGGCACAUUCCCAGGUGGCGACGGUGAGGCCGCUGCAUACAUCCACGGCUACGUUUCCAGUCGCAUGUUCCGACCCCAGACCGGGCGAUCAGAGCCCGCCACGCGGGAGGAAGACGCCGGGUUUCCCGUGUGCAUCGCCGCCACCAAGAUCGACAACCUCGUGCUGGCCCUUACGCCCUUCAACCACAGCUACGACUACCGUUCCGCCGUCGUCCACGGCACGGCCACGCUGCUUGACCCAGGCACCAGGGACAACCCUCUCAACCGCGACGAGCUGCUGUGGGCCAUGAAGCUCAUCACCGACGUCGUCUGCCCGGGCCGCUACGACAACACCCGCGUGCCGCCCGACGAGGCUGAGAUCGCCUCGACCAGGAUUCUGAAAGUGCGCAUUAACAGCGCCAGUGCCAAGAUCCGCGACUCGGGCGUCAAGGAGGACGCUAAGGAUCUGAAGAACGAGGCAGCUGUGAACAAGGUCUGGACGGGCGUCAUCCCGUAUGUGGAGACGUUGGGCGUGCCUACGCCUGCUGAGACGAACAAGGUGGCGGCUGUUCCGGCAUACAUUCUGGAUCAUGUCAAGGAGCAUAAUGAGAAGGCUCAGGCGGGGAGGUCUGGGGGCCUUGUGUCCAAGGUUAUGUCAUCACUUUUUGGAUCAUGAGAAGGGUGGGGAGGGUUCUAAUAAUGAACAAGUGGUGUUUUACUCGAGUAGAAUUUUACAUAGACUUCAGUUCCAGUGCGGCUAUUGCAAUGUUGAGAUGUGAAACGUAAGAAGACAACUGAAGAGCUACGUACUGACAAUGCCCAUCUCACUGAUCAUGAACGUGCUCUUAUAUCCAGCUCUUCAGACUGAUAGCUUUGAAUCACAACAUGUCUACCACUAUUGGAUACAGAAGCCAUCACCGUGCUGAUUUAUAGGUCAGACCCUUCAUUUGAUGUGCUGCUGAAUGAAUCCCUCCAACUCCUUUCCGUUGAGAAUACUGUCCACGACACCCUUCGCCUUGUGCUUGAAGCCGAGGCUGGUUGUCAGGUCGGGGCUCGUGUAGCUGUUCUCGGUCCCCCACACCAGGUAGCCAAAACACUCGCUGUACCCAUUUUCCUUCCCGCCAAUGAACUCGAUAAACUCCUCCCUGGUCUUCAGCACCUUCUGCUGCCCGCCAUUCUUCUGGGCCGCAGGAUGACCAAGCCUCUUCAGCUCACUCGCCACGGCAUAAAAGUGCUCUUUCCAAGAAAAGGGCGUCUUCUCGGCUGGGAACACAUAGUGCGACGUCUGCUGGCCCGGCUCGAGCUUCUCGAGGUGCGCCAGGAGCAGGACGUACUGCUCCACCAGGUCGUGCACCCACACGCAGUUCCACGCGGCAGGGUGUCCCUCUGGCAGCGCCGCGAGGCCGUUCUGCAUCAUAUACGUUGCAACCAUGGGCGUCUGGAUCGAGAUCCGCUUCCAGGGCUCCGAGCCGAUACCAUAGAUGAGGGGAGGCAUCAUGAUGGUGCCGACGACGUUGUGCUCCUUCUCUGCCUCGGGGUUGAACAGCUCCUUCCGCAGCGGGCCGUCGACAUGUCGGUGGUAGGCGUCGGGCUGGAUCCGGCCGUCGAUUUCCUCGUCUGUCAUGUGCAGGUCCGACAGCGUCUUCUCCUCGAUGGUUUUGGACCCCAAUCCUUGCGCAGAGCGCACCAGCUCGUCGUUGCCGCUUGUCUGGAUGUAGAUGGCGCGCUUGGAUCCUUUCGGCCGGGUCUUGAGGCCCUCCAGGAUGGCGAACGCGCCCUGGUCGUCGUCGGCCGAGGCUGCGUGGAUGAUGAUGUCGCUCUUGGCUGCCCACUCUUUGAUGAGGGAGGCGUCGGUGAGGGAGCCCCGGAUCGGCUCGAUGCCCUGCUCCUUGAGCGAGGCGGCCUGGUCGUCCCGCCGCGUCAGGGCAUGUAGCUUCAGGUCGGGCCGGGUCUCCUUUAGUUUAAGCAGCAGCGAGCCGCCGAUGAGACCGGGCCCGACGAGGAAGAGCGUCUUCUGUGCCGUUGUAGUCAUCUUUUUUUUCUUUUUCUUUUUUUCUUUUUGGAUGGAUAUUAUUGACAGGUAUGAGCUUUGAUGCAAUUU